GCCAAACGAGGCACUGGAUUUUUGCGUCAUCCGUCGGUCAAACUCUAACCUGUGUGAAAUAUUUCUGCCUCACUGUGUGCCAGAAGAGUUAAAGUCCUAAAAGUGUAUCAUUAAUUCGUUUCCUGAUGUCGCGUUUGACUUUUAUUUUGAUUUGGAGUCCAUGUUAAAUCAUUUAUUCGUUCAGGAAAAGGGAAGGACGUCUCUGUUUUUUAACCUCUUUAUAGGUCAACAACAACAACGUUUACAUGUUUCUGGUGGGGCUAACGGGAGGAGUCGCCUCAGGAAAGAGCACCGUGUCCUCUCAGCUCAGGGAGCUCGGCUGUCCCGUCAUCGACGCAGAUGUGGUGGCCAGGAAAGUGGUGGAGCCUCAGACCCGAGUGUACCGGCUCCUGGUGCAGUACUUUGGGCAGGAGGUUCUGCUGGAGAACGGUGAGAUCGACAGGAAGAAACUGGGCCAGAUCAUCUUCUCCAACCCUGAGAAACGCAGGAUACUGAACUCCAUCACACACCCCGAGAUCCACAGAGCCAUGCUCAAACAGAUCCUGCACUACUUCAUCCGAGGUUACCGGUAUGUCAUUUUGGACGUGCCUCUGCUGUUCGAGACGCGUCGUCUCACUCACUUAAUGAAGCACACGGUGGUGGUUUACUGUGACCCCGCCACUCAGCUGGCUCGGCUCAUGCAGCGUGACGCUCUGAACCGGGAGGAGGCAGAGCAGCGCAUUACUGCCCAGAUGCCCCUGAGUGAGAAGCGUGGGCUGGCCAGGCAUGUAAUUGAAAACUCUGGCUCGCGCGAGGACACACACCGCCAGGUCCUGCGCUUACACACCGCACUGGACGACUCCAUGGAGUUCCUGCCCAUCAGAGCCGUCGCCGUAGCAGCUGUCGCCGGGCUUGGAGGCCUCUUUUUGUACAUGGUUAAACUCCUAGCAUCCUAGCCAUCGGGCGCAAAAACUUUGUAUAGACCUAAUGUACUCUUUAUUUAGAAAUAAAGUAGGGAUCGAAUCCAGGGCUUCUUUCUAUACUAGUAUUGUGAUAUAGGGUAAAAAGGUCCAAAACCCGAACCCUUUACUUUUGCCUCAGGCCUCGAUUAUCAAACUCAGUACGAAAGAAAGGUUGUUUGUGUAAAUUUAUGUGAAGCUCAGUGUAUCAGAUUCCUCAGCUGCAUAACAGGUGACGAGUUACUGCGAUUUUAGACACGGAUUACGUUGUCGAGUUCAAACCGCUUGCUUAUUUCAAAGACACACAAGCUUAAUGAACGUUUUUUUUUUUUUUAAAUGAAACUCGCUUGUUUAAGAAGGCAGCCCAAAACAAAUCUGUCAAUUAAGAGUUAGUGUGUGGAUUUGCCGGAGCUGAACCGCCGCAGUGGCUGAGCUGCAUUAUUGGAAGAUUUAGGAGCUGCACUUUUUCACCGUUUGGUCAUGAUUUUUGUCGUUUUGUAGCUUGCUGAUUGGCGUUAAUCAAAAUACGCACGAGAGCCCAAAGCAAAUCCUUUGCAAAUGGAUCGGACUGCAUUUUUUGUUCGAUUUGGCCGACGGAAACAUUUCCACAUAGUUUUGAGAACAGAUCGAUUGAUGAAUGGCUCAGGCAUAGGAUUUAAACAAAUAAGGUAUAAAGGUUUACUGCAUAUGUUUUUUUUUUUAAUUAAUAAACAUAAAACAAGCAUUAUAUGAAGCCAGUAUUCAGCAACUUAAUGACAGUUGUUUUGAAGGCUUUUUUAAUGUCAAGCACUACUUGGUUCUGGACUGAUUUUUAUCCCCCGCUGGCCGAAAGGCCUGAAGAGGGAUUAUGUCGCGGCGAUGUCCAUCCGUCCGUCCCGGGAAGGGUGCUCACCUUCUGAAAUCAACUCCUUUCACAUUUUUUGGAGGAAUUUCACGUAACUUGGCAGGAUUCUUUGUUAUAUGUCGGUAAUUGGAUAUUGCAAUUUCGUGAAAUUGGCUCACAUUUUACCAGCGUUCCAGCCCUUGAUUAACAAAAUUAUCGUCUCGUCUCGUCUUCUUCCGCUUUAUCCGGGACCGGGUCGCGAAGGCAGCAGUCUAAGCAUGGAAGCCCGAACUUCCCUUUCCCCAGACACCUCGGCCAGCUCCUCGGGAAGAACACCGAGGCGUUCCCAGGCCAGCCAGUCCCUCCAGCGUGUCCUGGGUCUUCCCCGGGGCCUCCUCCCGGGGGGACAUGCCUGGAACACCUCCCCAGGGAGGCAUCCAGGAGGCAUCCGAAAAAGAUGCCCGAGCCACCUCAGCUGAUUCCUCUCGAUGUGGAGGAGCAGCGGCUCUACUCCGAGCUCCUCCCGAGUGACUGUGCUUCUCACCCUAUCUCUAAGGGAGUGCCCAGCCACCCUGCGAAGGAAACUCAUUUCAGCCGCUUGUAUCCGCGAUCUUGUUCUUUCGGUCAUUACCCAAAGCUCAUGACCAUAGGUGAGAGUCGGAACGUAGAUCGACCGGUAAAUUGAGAGCUUCGCCUUUUGGCUCAGCUCCUUCUUCACCACGACGGACCGGUAAAGCGACCGCAUCACUGCGGAGGCUGCACCGAUCCGCCUGUCAAUCUCACGUUCCAUCCUUCCCUCACUCGUGAACAAGUUCCCGAGAUACUUAAACUCUUCCACUUGAGGCAGGACUUCUCCACCAACCUGGAGAGGGCAAGCCACCCUUUUCCGGUCGAGAACCAUGGCCUCGGACUUGGAGGUGCUGAUUCUCAUCCCAGCCGCUUCACACUCGACUGCAAACCACCCCAGUGCAUGCUGAAGGUCCUGGUUUGAAGAAGCCAACAGGACAACAUCAUCCGCAAAAAGCAGAGAUGCAGAGAUAACAAAAUUAUACUUUGACAAUUUCAUGAAGGUGUGUUUUCCUUCUGAAUCCAACUCCUCUGACAAUUUGUGGAGGAAUUUCACCAAACUUGGCAAAAGGCUUUGUUAUAUGACAGUUAUACGCAUAUUGAAACUGCGUUUAAUUUGGACAAAUUUUCCCAGAGUGAUGCCCUCGAUUAUUAACAAACUUGUACUUUGGCGAUUUCAUCAAGGUGCGCUCGCUUUCUGAAAUCAACUUCCUCACAAGGGGGAUUAUGUCGUGGCGAUGUCCGUCUGUCCGUCCCGGGAAGGGUGCUCGCCUUCUGAAAUCAACUCCUCUCACAAUUUUUGGAGGAAUUUCAGGAAACUUGACAGGGUCAACUCUUUGUUAUAUGUCGGUAAUACACAUAUUGUAAUUUCGUUCAACUGAGUUGCAUUUUACCAAAGUUGUGGCAGAGUUGCCAGCAGGGGAUAUUGUGCUCUCAGGGCACGAGUACAAAUGAACUUUUAACACAUAUCAACCCUCACCUUUGAGGCAUGUUUAGCGUCUAACGUUUGAUUUUCGAAGCCUUGAGGUAACCAAAAUCUCGACACAUUCCUACAUCCUUCAUGUACAGUUUUCAGUUCGAUAAGGACGAAUGUAAUUCUCAACACGAUUUACAUAUUUCUACUACAAAGCUUUUGGACGUGGUUCUUGAGCCUAAACUCUUUUUUUUUUUUUUUUAAACGUAUACCUUUAAGGGAAGAUGGGGUUGAGGUGGAAUCGAAGAUGGUGCGUCAAGAGUAUUGAAACACAGUCUUCAUAUUGAGCCACACCAUGCGUCGUGGUUUUUUUUUCAUUUGCAUAUUCUUCUCUUCCUGUUGAAUGUGAGGUUUCUCAUUUUCUGUAAGAUAAGAUGAGAUUUUUUUUCGUUUUCUAUAUUUAAUUCUCAGUAAAUGGGUGCACUAACUGAAGUCCAGUUACUUAACAUACCUCUUUAGUGUGUAUAAUUCUGUCGUCUAUAAUUGUACAGUACCGUUCAAAGUUUGGGGUCACCCAGACAAUUUUGUGUUUUCCAUGAAAAGUCACACUUUUAUUUACCACCAUAAGUUGUAAAAUGAAUAGAAAAUAUAGUCAAGACAUUUUUCUGGCCAUUUUGAGCAUUUAAUCGAUCCCACAGAUGUGAUGCUCCAGAAACUCAAUCUGCUCAAAGGAAGGUCAGUUUUAUAGCUUCUCUAAAGAGCUCAACUGUUUUCAGCUGUGCUAACAUGAUUGUACAAGGGUUUUCUAAUCAUCCAUUAGCCUUCUGAGGCAAUGAGCAAACACAUUGUACCAUUAGAACACUGGAGUGAGAGUUGCUGGAAAUGGGCCUCUAUACACCUAUGGAGAUAUUGCACCAAAAACCAGACAUUUAGUAGAAUUUAGCUAGAAUAGUCAUUUACCACAUUAGCAGUGUAUUUCUGAUUAGUUUAAAGUGAUCUUCAUUGAAAAGAACAGUGCUUUUCUUUCAAAAAUAAGGACAUUUCAAAGUGACCCCAAACUUUUGAACGGUAGUGUAGCUGAUGUUCAGAGUUCAGUUUCACUCUCUUUAUCUCACAUAACCACACACACACACACACACACACACACACACACACACACACACACACACACACACACACACACCCACCAGUGAACUGAAUGUAUGUGAUAAAACCAGUGCUGCUUUUUGGAAAUGAAGGGAAUGUAAGACAUUAAACACGUUUCAACACAA